AUGGUGUAUGUUUAUGAGUCUAAGCCAAUAGAUACUUUUGAUAGUCAUUUUAUCAUUUCUGGCAGAGAUCAAUUUGAAAAUGAUCUCUUGAUCAAAUAUGGAUUCCGUGAAUGGGGGCUCAUUUGGUUCCAUACGGACAAGUACUCUAGCGGUCACAUUUAUUUAAAAUUGUUGCCACAUGAAAAAUCGUUAGACGACGUUCCUGACGAAGUCUUACAGGAUUGUUUACAACUCUGUAAAUCAAAUUCAAUUCAAGGCAAUAAGCUGGGUCAGUGUAAGAUCAUAACUACGCCAUGGCAUAAUCUACGUAAGAGUGGAUUCAUGAAACCUGGAGAAGUAUCUUAUAAAUCUACCAAAAAUUGUAAAAAAUUUCAAUGCUAUGAGAGAAAUCAGAAACUGUUAAAUCGUUUAUGCAAAACUCGUGUUGAAUUGUAUGAUGCAGAACCAUUAUUGCAUCAGGCUAAGAAGGAAAAAGAUGCAUGUGCGUUGUUAGAAUACGUGGAGGCUAAUCAUGAUAAGCUAAUCGAGGAAGAAAAGUUAAGAAAACGGGAGAAGAAAUUAAAGAAAAGGAAUCCAGAUAAAGAAGAUGAGUUAGUCAACGAUCAAAGCGUUUGA